AUGGAUGCAACCGCCACGGUGUAUGACGUGCUGCAGCAGAACUGCUUGCCACGGGGCCUCCUCCCACAAGGUGUGCAGUCCUACACGCUUGGUGAUGGAGGCGCAUUGGAGGUGACCCUCCCGGGAGAGUGCAACUUUUUUGUCACAGCCGAUGGCAAACAGUUCAAGUUUCGAUACGGCCACACUGUCACAGGCAUCAUCGAACCUGGAUCUAUCAGCAGUAUAAACGGCGUGAGGAUGCAGGUGGCCUUUGAGUGGCUGGGUAUCAACCAGGUCAAUCGCGUAGGCAACCAGCUCAACAUCCAGCUCCAGAACUCCACUCAGCCGUUCCCUAUCAGCGCCUUCACACACAGCGCCAGCUGCAACUGA